AUGUUUAUCUUGCGCAUCGCAGGCGACGUGAACGGCGUGAAGCGCAACAUCGAGGUGACUUUCCCACAACGUCCGUCUCUUCAGCAAGUGUGCACCGUUGCGGAGACGAUUCUGCCACUGCAAGGGUGGGGCGAUCACCGACCGUUGCGCUCACCAUGGGCGGCAGCAACGCAGGGGGCGGGAGACGAUGCCCCUAGCACCGCCGGUCCCUCCAGAGCUCCCGCUAACGCCAAGUCACGUGCUGCAGUGCCGGCGGUCUCGUAUGCGGUGGAAUCACUGGUCUACCUGGACCGAGCUACCCGCCAGUGGGACGAAUUGUACAGCGCCUCUCAGCUCACCUCGGGGACGCAGGUGUACUGCUUCUUUUUUCUGCAGUAUUACAGAGUGGCGGCGGCCCAGGGGAAAAGGUCGAGCUCCGCCUUCCCCUCCUCGUCCUCCGUAUUUCCUGUUGGAAAGGAACACGUAAGCGACUCUGCGUCGCCGAGCUUGCCGGUCCAUGGGGGUCUGCCUCUCGGUGCCGGUGUUCCACAGAACUGGGUUGAUCCCGAUUGCCCAGGCGCCAUUCCAGAGCCUCAGCAGCGCCUUCUCUGGGACGGCGCCAGUGGUACUCGAGGUCGUGUUAAUCAGAGAGCGCAAGGCUUGGAUGGAGGCUUCAACCGUGCCGAAUCUGCUUUCCCCUCGCUGACGCAGGCAAGUGCGCAGAGCCGCGGUGAUGUGGCGCACGGCUUUGCUGCUAGACUGUGCCCAACGCCUGCCUCGUCUUCCGUAUCGUUUCACGGUCACUGCUUCCCAUUCCUGUUCCCCUCGCGCACGGUUCCAUUCAGUGGUUCAGCGUGGUCAGGCCUUUCGCCUGUGGCAGGGGCGGCAUCUCGAUCGAUGGACAAGGCAAACUCGCCCUCUCUUUUCUCCGCUCCCACCUUCACCCCUCCUCGGCAGGCUGUCGCUGGCUUCAUGCGAUCUGCGUCCCUGCCUACCCGCAAAGAGCACAAUAGUAUUGUGGAGGCGCAAGGACGGAAGCCGUCACCACUGAGGCGGCAUUCGACCUCUUCACGGCUGCGCGACGAACGUUAUACCUCUCUCUCGAAGUUGAUCCCAGACUGGUCUGCACUGCUGCUAAGCGGCGAGGAAGGCCACGGAGGCCGCUACUUUAGACUCAGCGAUCGCCUGGCCUUUUUGUUUGACGUUUUGGUCCACCUUGACCCUCAGGAGGACGGCGCAGGGCAACGGCAGUACAUCCUCUUGAGGGACUUCUAUCUCCUCGCCUCGCGCUUUACUUCCACUUGCCCCUCUGCCGCUGCUCUUCCUCGCUCGAGUUACGCAGCGAUGGGUGUCCGUGACACACCUGUCCAGUCGACAAUCCUGAACAUUACGGCAGAGCUCGAUGAGCAGCUACACUGGACCUGGGACGACGUCGUGCGACACGCGGACAAGGAUCGCGAUGGCUGCAUCGCGUACAGAGAGUGGAUUUCAUUCGGCAUCGAGCACCCAGAGGUGAUCCAGCUGCUAUGCCGCGCUGUCUAUGUGUUACUCCUACGCGAGGCAGCCUCGCCAAUGGACUGUUACCCAGACAUACCCACCAGCCCAAGUGCACAGACUCUGCUGUUAGCGCUACCUGGCCACCUCCUUUCUCAUUCCACUUCCUCCAGGAGUGGUCGGGGUGACAGGGCUUGCAAUAACGAUGUCAUGCCCUUUUCAAACUUUCCGAAGUUCUGCCGUGGCCAUAACUCCCAGAUGAAUGGCAGACACGCCGGCAAAAGCUGGGUGAUGCGCGUUGCUGAAGCGCACGAGCUGCGUAGUACACGUUGCGAGGCGUGUCGAGAGCUGCACGCCGAACUCUCCGAGGACUGCUGCAGCAAAGCAUCCGCGCAAACAAACUUUGUAUUUUCUCUGAGGCGAUGA